AUGGUCUCUCCCGUGAAAUUCAUCGACAUCGGUAACAGUGAAUCGGCAUACUAUGCUCCAGGCACGAUCUCCGGCGGUCGAGAUUUGAUCCAUAUCGCUGGACAGCCCGGCACAACCAAAAACAACAUUUGCCCUGCCGAUUAUGAAAGUCAGAUUCACCUCGCUCUACUCAACAUCCAUCGUAUCAUUGUAGCCGCAGGCGCAUCGGUUUCGGACAUCCUCAAGUUAACAAUCUACAUUGUCAACUACGACCCCAACCGGCGUCUACACACCAAACUUCUUCAACGCUUCUACAAUGGUCAUCGACCUGCGAUGGCCCUGGUCCCUGUGGCGCAGCUGGCGGUGCCCGAGUGGUUAGUCGAGAUCGAUGCCGUGCUGGCAAAGCCAUCUCCGCUUGCCUUGAAUCAGUUGUCACCAACUUCUGCAGAGUCAGUCGAUGUUAUUGUCAUCGGAGCUGGCCUCGCUGGUUUGACCGCCGCCCGCGAUGUGGUGAACGCCGGGCACUCGGUCCUUCUAUUAGAAGCUCGUGACCGAGUCGGCGGCCGUACCUGGAGUCAGCCACUUCCGGACGGAAUGAGCGUCAUUGAUCUGGGAGCAGCAUGGAUCAACGAUACAAACCAGAGCCGUAUGGCGGCCUUGGCUCGCUCCACGGGAGCCGAAUUAAUUUUUCCCAAGCAUAUUAGGGAUGAUCUUGCUCGUAUCCGAGACACCGUGCACCGAGAUUCCGCGACUCUUUCGGUCACUAGCCACGAGGAUGCCCGCUCGGCCGAGCUGGACUCGAUGACUUUCCUCGCUUACCUGAAGAAGCUUGGAGCCGGUGAAGCCGCCACCAACACAGCCGCAGUCUGGUCUCGAGCAAUGCUCGGCCAGGAGCCCAGCAGGAUCUCGGCGCUUUUCUUCCUCCACUACUGCGCAGCGGGUGGUGGUCUGUACACUAUGCGUUCCGAUGCCAAGGAUGGAGGCCAGUACUUGCGCGUGCGUCAAGGAACUCAACACUUUUCGAAAAAGAUGGCCGCAGGCCUUCCGUGCGGUACACUUCAUCUCGAAUCCCCUGUCGCAUCGAUCCAGCAAGAGGGUCCACAGUCGAUUCUCGUUACCACGUCAAACAACAACCGGGUGUACAGAGCCAAAAAGGUCAUCUCGGCUGUCCCACCGGGGAUCGUCAAGAAGAUUGCGUUCCACCCUCCCCUGCCACCUGGCAAGAGGCUUUUGCUCGAUUCUUACAAAUAUGGCUAUUACCAAAAAGUCAUGGUUCUUUUCAAGUCUGCCUUCUGGGUCAAACUAGGCUCCUGUGGUCUGGUACAAUCUUUCAUCGGCCCUGUUUCGAUCAUCCGCGACUCGUGCAUCCCGGCCGAUGGAAAAUUCGUUCUGACUUUAUUCCUCUCUGGCGAUGCCGGCGAAGGCUGGUCCCAGCUAGCUACGGUCGAAGAAAAGAAGGAAGCACUGCUGAGUCAACUUGGAGCCAUUUUCCAAGAUCGUGAAUUGGUUGACCGUGAGUACGUCGACAUGAUCGGCCACCAGUGGAACGAUGAGGCAUGGAGUGGUUAUGGAUGUCCAAGCUCUUCAACAGCUCCGGGCGUGUUGAGCGAAGUAGGUAGCUGGCUGAAGGCCAGCGUAGGCGAUGUCCAUUUUGUCGGCACCGAGACGAGCGACGUCUGGAGAGGCUACAUGGAAGGCGCUGUCAGGAGUGGAGAGCGCGGAGCCGUAGAAGUCCUGGCCGGUCUCCGAGGACCUGUACCCAAACUUUGA